GCUUUUUCUCAGCAUCAGCUCUUACCUACUCUGCAAAACAACAAGCAGUUUCUCAGCAGCCCAGCAAAAGAACAUCCAUCAUGGCAGCAAAGAAGAUUCUCAUCAUUCUCUCCGACGCCAACUCUUUCCCUCUCCACAACACCGGAACAGAGGGCAAGACCAUUCAGCAGCCCUCAGGCUUCUUCCUGAUGGAGCUCGCCAAGCCUCUGCAGAAGAUCCUCGACAGUGGCUACGAAGUAACUUUCGCAUCACCAAAGGGCAACGAGCCCAAGCCGGACCCCAACAGCGAGUCGCUCCUCGCAUUCGCGGGCAACUUCUACGAGCGCCAGCGCGAAAACGACCUCAUUGAGCGCAUGAAGAAGGAGAACGGCUUCACCAGCCCCAGGAAAUUCGGCGAUCUCAGCGAUGAAGAGCUCAAGGGAUUUUCAGGCGUGUUCAUUCCCGGCGGUCAUGCGCCCCUGGCCGACCUUGGCGACAAUGCCGAGCUUGGUCGCAUUUUAGACCAUUUCCACUCCCAGCACAAGCCCACUGCUGCCAUCUGCCAUGGCCCGUAUGCUUUCUUGUCCACGAAGUACGGACCCAAGGGCCAGUUUGCGUACAAGGGUUACAAGCUCACCAGCUGGUCUGAUGCCGAAGAGAAGUUCAUGGAAACCAUUUUCCGCGGCGAGGUCGAGAAAGUGGAGAGUGUUUUGAGAGAGAACGGAGCGGAGAUGAUCGAGGGUCCCGGCGAGAAAAUCGGUAACAUCACUAUUGACCGUGAAGUCGUGUCUGGUGGUAACCCUAUGGCGGCCGAUGCGCUUGGUAGCAAGUUUUUGGAGAUGCUGAAGGCAUAAGAAAAUGGCUGGACAAACUUGAUGAUUGACGAAUGAUGAAUUGUCGUUGAAUCGACUAUGAUAUUACUAUGAAAGAAAAUACUUCUUCUUGCCUUGAGGCC